CGGGCAGGGAGGUUGUUUUAAACGGGGGAGUGUGCUCCAGCCAAUCAGGGCGCUCUCGUAGUAAGCUAGCGCGAGGUUGUGAGGCUGCAUUAGUGAGCGGCGUGCACACGGAGGAUCACACUAGAGCGAACAAUACAGAAUCAGCAUGGCUAAAGGUGACCCGAAGAAGCCGAAAGGCAAGAUGUCCGCUUAUGCCUACUUUGUGCAGACGUGUCGUGAGGAACACAAAAAGAAGAAUCCUGAAAUCCCAGUCAACUUCUCAGAGUUUUCAAAGAAAUGUUCUGAAAGAUGGAAGAUCAUGUCUGCUAAAGAAAAAUCCAAGUUUGAUGACUUGGCCAAAGCUGACAAAGUAAGAUAUGACAGAGAAAUGAAAGAUUUUGGACCAGUUAAGGGAGGCAAGAAGAAGAAGGACCCUAAUGCACCAAAGAGGCCACCUUCUGGAUUCUUCUUGUUCUGCUCAGACUUCCGUCCCAAAAUCAAAUCCACAAAUCCUGGCAUCUCCAUUGGUGAUGUUGCGAAAAAGCUGGGUGAGAUGUGGAACAACCUGAGCGAUAGCGAGAAACAACCCUACAACAGCAAGGCAGGAAAACUGAAGGAAAAGUAUGAGAAGGAUGUUGCAGACUACAAGUCCAAAGGAAAGAUGGAUGGUCCUAAAAGUGCUCCUAAGAUGAUGGCCCGGAAAAAAGAGGAGGAUGACGACGAUGAUGACGAUGAAGAAGACGAAGAGGAGGAGGACGAGGAAGACGAUGAUGAAUGAAGUUGUACAUUCUGUUCAUGUGAAUAUCAUAGAGUAGGGGAACCACCUCUGGCUGCCAUCUUUAAGAUGGUUGACUGCCCUUUUUAGGUCUAAUUGCAAACACAAAAAAAAAAAAUUUGGUUCUGACAUCAUAGUUUCAAAAAGAUGCUCUUGGCGUUGUAACUGGGUUUACAUUAUGUUAGCCGUGUGUGUAAAACGAGCCUUCUGAAACUAUAUCAAAGCUGUACAUACUUCCAAACCUUUUUAAACCAGACAGGCGCCCUCGUGUUCUCCUCACUCUGUGCACUUUGUUGGUGUAUCUAAGCAUUUAAAAAUGUCUCAAGCAUUUUUCAUAUGAAUAUUUUUUUUUUUCUUUUUAAUUUAAGGUGUUAAUGAGUAUUGAUUAAGAGGGGAAAAAAAUCCUGGGUUGUAAACUGUACAUAUCUAAUCUGUAAAGUAGACAAAUUCUUAUGGUGCAUAUUUUCUUGGAGCUGUUGGUACCUCAGGGUUUAAGAACACCACCCCUGAAUGAUCACUUCCCUCUUUAGGGAUUGCCAUGUGAGCUCAGAGCAUGCACACCAAGAUCUACACUACAUUGGGCAUCGGUUGAGCUUUUUAUUUUUUUUCCCCACGAUUUUUCUUUUUUGUAUAUAGUGAAAUAGCAUUAUGCCGCUUAGUUGUUGAGAGGAGUUCAGCCGGCAUGAGAAGCGUAUGGGUUUAUUUCAUUUAUUUUUCUAUUUUUAGUUAAAGUGCGAUAGGGUUUUUAAACGAGUUGUAGGCACAUCUUUACAGACUCCAGUGAGCGGCGAGGGUUCGGAAGACAUGCUGCGCUUACACAUUGCAUUGUUCUGUUUUUUUUUAUGUUUAGAAUGCUGAAAUGUUUUUGAAGCAAAUAAAACAGUAUUACAUUUUUAAGGCUGUUCUCCACAGUUGUUCUGGUUUCAGACGUGUGUGCCCUUCAUGACAUGGCAUUCUGACAAAUUCUAAGUGCAGUGACACGAGGUAGGGGGAACGAUCAGGAGAUUUCCUAUGGGGUGAAGACGGUGUCUUAAGUUCUGCCGACACAUUAAACUGAAGUGAAACUUUACAUCCUUGCCAUCUGACAAUAAGUUUUGAGUAGGUUAUUGUGCCUUACGCCUCCCUGCAUAUGUCAAUUGUUCCUGACUGUAUGGUCACAUGCAAUGGUAUAAAUGGACCAAUGUAAAAGUUGUAAUUGUUAAACAUACAAAUGUUCUAAUAUUUCCUAGUUUAAAAAAAAAAGUAUUAAAAUGUAAUGACAAAAUUCCUUUCAA